UCGGCUAACCCUAUGGAGGUUAGAUGUUGAAAUCGGGUUUAGCGUAGUGUUCCAGCAGCGAUGCAGCUUCAACCCUGUCCUGGAAAACCCUAUCCCUAAACUUUCAGAAUCGCAUUUGGACCUGUCCCUGAUCUUCCCUGUCGACACCAAGGUCAAGAAGUAUGGGUAUCCGAGCUCGAAAUGCUAGUGAUCGCUUGAGGACAAUUUGGACCCCUGAAAUGGAUCGGUAUUUCAUUGACCUCAUGCUAGAGCAGGUUGGCAAAGGAAAUAGAUUUGAUGAUCAUUUAUUCAGCAAAAGAGCAUGGAAGCAUAUGACGUCAUUGUUCAAUGCAAGAUUUAAAUUUCAGUAUGAAAAAGAUGUUCUGAAAAAUCGUCACAAAACACUGAGGAAUCUGUACAAGGCUGUAAAGAAUCUCCUUGACCAGAAGGGUUUUAGUUGGGAUGAAAAGCGUCGAAUGGUGACAGCUGAUAACAAUAUCUGGGACGAUUAUAUCAAGGUACACCCAGAUGCUCGUUCAUUCAGAAUCAAAAGCAUUCCAUAUUACAGUGAUUUAUGCACGAUAUACGGAAAUGCAACCUCUGAACAAAAAGGUAACAAUGUGCCAGAAUUAACAUUACCUACCUGUGAGAAUGGAACAAACUCAGCCACACAGCCAACAGAUGCUAGCGAAGUAGCUGCAGUGACUCUUCCUGAAAUCCUGAUUGAUGAAGAUUAUGGAAUCUCUAUAUCAGAAAAAGUAGAUGAUGAUCCACUACCUUUGCCAAAUAUAAGUGCAACCACAAUGGGUAGCCGGUCCAGGACUUACUGGCAGCCACCGAUGGACCGUUAUUUUAUCGACCUUAUGCUAGAUCAAGUGCAGAAAGGAAACCGGGUUGAUGGUGUAUUCAGCAAACAAGCAUGGAUGGAGAUGAUUGCAUCUUUUAAUACUAAAUUUGGCUUUGACUAUGGUAUGGAUAUUCUAAAGAAUCGCUAUAAAACUUUGCGAAGGCAAUAUAAUGUCAUUAAAAACCUUCUUGACUUAGAUGGUUUUGCAUGGGAUGAUACACGGCAAAUGGUGAUUGCCGAUGACUAUGUCUGGCAAGAUUAUAUCAAGGCACAUACCGAUGCACGACAAUUCAUGACUCGACCAGUGCCAUACUAUAAAGAUUUGUGUGUGAUAUGUGAUCCAAAUGCUGACGAAAAAGACUGCUUUCUGGGUUUAGAGCUGCAAAAUGAAGUUGACCAACUCAAGAUAGGAAGAGUGUCAAAUACUUCUCAAUCUCCAGCUACAUCUGUUUCCAGCGAAGACCAAGUUGGUGAUGAGCAGGAAUCCACACAUACAGACCAGAAGAACAACAAGCGUCAAUUGGAAAACUGGUCAGAUUCCGGUCAAUUUAAAAAGUCCUGCCACAGAGAUGAGAGCAUGGUUAGUGCUCUUCGUGAAAUGGCUAGUGCGGUUUCUUCUCUAUCAGAUAAGAAGAAAGAUGAUGAGAUCUCAAACUCCAUCCCUAUAGAGAAUGUGAUUGAAGCAGUUCAAGCUUUACCAGACAUGGAUGAAGAUUUUAUAUUGGAUGCCUGUGAUUUCCUUGAGGACGAAAAGAAGGCAAAAACUUUUCUAGCAUUGGAUGUUAAAUUACGAAAAAAAUGGUUAGUGAGGAAACUUCGCCCUCAGCUACAGGAGUAGGAUUUCUGGAAGUUCUUUUGUAAUGUAUUUUGCCAAAUCAUGAGAAUACGCGAAUUUUGUUAGUGACUAGACUGGCAAUUUUCUUAGUCAUGGUCAUCAUAAAGUAGAAACUCUCAGCAAAAGAACAAAUGGAUAUAAACAGAACCACUUUUCAAACA